UUAUAAAAUAAUGCACGUUCCUUAGAGAAGUGAAAUUCUACAUGAAAAUCAAUUAUACAAAUCCAGCAGUUCUUUCUACACGUAAGAGAGAAGAAAGAUGAGCAGUUCUUGGAUCAGUCAAAUCGUCAACCCCAAACAAAAAGAGGUACUAGUAGAAGAAGAAGAAGAAAACACCACCAUGGCACCAUUAAUGUGUUUCACGGCUACAUAAACCAAACAGAUGCAACAAAAGUCAAAGUCAGAUCUGUAGUGCCAACCCCAUCCACAAAAAAUGAUUUGAUUCCAUUCCAUUCAGUUUCACAUACCCAGAAUUAUCUUUAUCUUCAUCUUCCUCGUACUAUAACAAGACAACAACAACUGAACAACAUGGGAAACAGUUGGUUUUUAUCCCAUGUUGUUGCUACCACCAUGAUGUUCUGUUUCUGCAUCUUCCUUCUCUGCAAACCCUGUUUGUGUGGUGUUCAAUACUUUGGCAAGAUCUCACCGGGCCUUGAAGGUGCUCAGAUGAACUGGAUUGACAAGGAUGGCAAGUUCCUCUUAUCAAACAAUGAGGAUUUCGCUUUCGGCUUCGUCACCACCGCCAAUGAUACCACCGCUUUUCUUCUCGUGGUGGUCCAUGUAGCCAGCUCCACCGUGAUUUGGACCGCGAACAGAGGGUUACCCGUUUCAGGUUCUGACAAAUUCUUCUUCGAUGAUGGAGGUAAUGCCUUUUUGCGUGGGAAAACCAGUGUGGUGUGGUCUACAAACACAGGUGGAAAAGGGGUUUCUUCAAUGGAAUUGCAGGAUACUGGAAAUCUGGUUUUGCUUGGGAAAGACAAUAGGACAAUUGUUUGGCAGAGUUUUAGCCACCCAACUGAUACUUUGUUGCCAGGACAGGAUUUCACAGAGGGAAUGAAGCUCAUAAGUGAACCUAGUCCUAACAAUUUGACCUUUGUUCUUGAGAUAAAAUCUGGAAGUGUUGUUCUUUCAGCUGGGUUUGAUAAAACUCCUCAGCCUUAUUGGACUAUGCAGAAGGAUAACAGGAAAACCAUUAACAUAGAUCGUGAUGUGGUGGCUUCUUCAAACAUCAGUGACAAUUCAUGGAGAUUCUAUGAUAAAGGGAAAUCUUUGUUGUGGCAAUUCAUUUUCAGUGCUGAUGUGGGUCUAAAUGCUACUUGGGCUGCUGUUUUGGGAAAUGAUGGUGUUAUUACUUUCUCUAAUCUCAACAGUGGAGGUUCCAAUGGGGAUUCUACAACAAAGAUACCACAAGAUCCUUGUGACACACCAGAGCCUUGUGAUCCAUAUAGCAUUUGCUCUGGCUCAGGGAAGAACAGGUGUGGUUGCCCUUCUGUUGUUCCUAAUUGCAAACCUGGUUUUGUAUCUACUUGUGGUGGUGGUGUGAAGGAAAACUCUGUUCAGUUAAUGAAAGGUGAUGAUGGACUCGGUUAUUUCGCGCUUGAUUUCAUUCAGCCCUUCUCGAGAACCGAUCUGGCUGGUUGCCAAUCUGCUUGCCAUGGAAAUUGCGCGUGCCUUGCCAUGUUCUUCCACAAGAGUUCAGGGAAGUGUUUUCUGUUGGAUAGCAUUGGAAGCUUUCAGAAGCCUGAUGAGGAUCCCGGUUAUGUUUCUUACAUCAAGGUCUCGAGUGAUGGAGGCGUGGGCGCUGGCUCAGGGGGCGGGGGAAGCAGCAGUAAACACACUGCAGUUAUUGUGGUCAUUGUGAUAAUAACAUUGAUUAUCAUUUCUGGCAUGCUCUUUGUGGGAGUUAGAUACUACAGAAGAAAGCAAAAAUUGCCUGAGUCUCCUAAGGAUAACUCAGAAGAGGACAAUUUCUUGGAGAAUUUAACUGGUAUGCCAAUCCGGUUUAGCUACAAAGACCUUGAAGAGGCAACUAAUCACUUCUCUGUGAAGCUUGGUCAAGGAGGUUUUGGGUCAGUUUACAAGGGAGUUUUAUCAGAUGGGACUCAAAUAGCUGUGAAGCAGCUUGAAGGUAUUGGACAAGGGAAGAAAGAGUUCAGGGCUGAAGUCAGCAUCAUUGGCAGCAUUCACCACCUUCAUUUGGUCAAGCUCAGAGGAUUCUGUGCUGAAGGAGCUCAUAGGCUUCUUGCUUAUGAGUACAUGGCAAAUGGAUCUUUAGAUAAAUGGAUAUUCAAUAAGAACAAAGGUGAGUUUCUGUUGGAUUGGGAUACCAGGUUCAGUAUAGCCGUGGGAACAGCAAAAGGGCUUGCAUAUUUGCAUGAAGACUGUGACUCUAAGAUCAUUCACUGUGACAUCAAGCCAGAAAAUGUGCUUCUGGAUGAUCAUUUCAUGGCUAAAGUUUCAGAUUUUGGCCUCGCGAAGCUAAUGAACCGAGAACAAAGCCAUGUUUUCACAACACUGAGAGGCACUCGGGGCUACCUUGCCCCGGAGUGGAUAACAAACUAUGCUAUAUCAGAGAAAAGUGAUGUGUACAGCUAUGGGAUGGUGCUGCUAGAGAUCAUUGGCGGGAGGAAAAACUAUGAUCCUAAAGAGACUUCAGAGAAAUCCCAUUUCCCAACUUUUGCUUACAAGAUGAUGGAAGAAGGGAAGCUGAGGGAUAUUUUUGAUUCAGGGUUGGAAAUUGAUGAGAAUGAUGACAGGUUUCAAUGUGCUAUCAAAGUUGCAUUGUGGUGCAUACAAGAAGACAUGUCACUGAGGCCUUCCAUGACCAGAGUUGUCCAAAUGCUGGAGGGUCUUUGCAUUGUUCCUCAGCCACCAACUAGUUCUGCUUUGGGUUCUCGCCUAUUCUCAACUGUAUUCCGAUUGUCCAGUGAAGGCGCCACCUCUUCCGGCCCAUCAGACUGUAAUAGUGAUGCCUAUCUCUCCGCUGUUCGCCUUUCCGGGCCAAGAUAACAGCAAUAUUUACUACCUGUAUUAUAGUAUCUUUACUUUUUUUGGUGUUGUAUUGUAAUGUUGAGGAAAUUGGUAUCUGUAAUGCAGAGUUAUUCAGGCUUAGCUAGCUAUAUAGGCCUUUUAUCAGUUUUAUGUAUCCUGCUCUUGUAAAUUUUGUAAUAUAAAAAGCUAUCUACAAUCAAUCUGCACUUCCAUCCAGUUUUUACUGGUGAUGAA